AUGGUCGCCCUACCGCAUCCCUAUCCAUUAAAUGCCAAUUCAAAUAGAGUUAUUUUGAAAGGUAGAAAACAUGCGACAAGAAAGCACACCUUCACACCAGGAGAUAAACAGACGAAUACCAAUCUCGGCAAGGAUGGAUUUGUACCACACCCCGUGCCAGAGGCUUCCUUGUUUGUUACCGUCGAAGAGGAAGAAAUCAGUGAAAAAGUCUCAACCCAGCAGCAGCUCACAGAAGUUGAUGACCACUUAUAUGCUAAACCUGUGCAAAUGGUUAAUGUUGCCACCCAGACCAACCCGGACAUAGAGGGAAUGUCAAGCAAUGAGGAAUCCCAGGAUAGGGGGAACACAAAGAGACGCCUUCUGAUGGAAGAUGUAUAUAAAAAUGACAUGUCCUGCAAAUUUUACACAGGUAUAACAUUGGCAGUUUUUACUAUCAUCUUCAAUGUACUUAAGAUUAAGGCAUCCUCAAUGGUGUACUGGAAUAGCACAGAAACAAAUGAGCGACAUGAUUCCAAGACUCCAAGAAGAGGACCUAAACGCUUGCUUUCAUUGAAAGAAGAAUUCACUCUAACCUUGUUGCGACUACGAAGAGGAUUUGACACCAAAUCACUCAGUGAUAUGUUUGCCAUUUCUGAAAGUUCAGUAAGCCGAAUAUUUACUACAUGGAUGUGUCUCAUGAGCAUUGACCUUGGCUUUCUCAUCAAAUGGCCAUCCAAAGAACAAAUCAUGGAAAAUUUGCCCAAAUGCUUUAAACAUUUCAAAAAAACAAGAUGCAUUAUUGACUGCACUGAAUUCUUUGUGCAAAAACCCAAUCUUCCAUCUGCUCAGAGAAUAACAUAUUCAUCUUACAAACACCAUAAUACCUUCAAGUGUUUAGUAGCAAUAACUCCAUCGGGUUCAUUUUGUUUUGUAUCUGAUUUGUACACUGGUAGUAUUUCUGACAAGAAAAUAGUACAAGAAUCUGGCUUUUUGGAUAAUAUCGAGUUUGGUGAUGACAUUAUGGCGGACCGUGGCUUUCUCAUAAGAGGCGAUCUAGCAUUAAAAGGUGCAACACUAAACAUUCCCCCAUUUUCUUUUGGAAGACAGAUGGGUAGCAAUGCCACCACUAAAACGAGAAGGAUUGCUCGAGCUCGAAUCCAUGUAGAACGAGCAAUUGGACGUUUGAAAAACUAUGCAAUUUUGCAAGGUGUUAUGACUCUCCAGAUGAAGCCUUUGUACAGUCAAAUUGUAAAAGUAUGUGCAAUGUUAUGCAACCUUGACUGUCAACUUGUGAAGUAAAUCUUAUGUGUGUAAAUCAGUAUAGCACAUACAUUUG